AUGGAGAGAGGGGAACAGAAGGGGAGGUGUUGAAUGGAGUGUUUUUUAGUUGGUUUGAGAGGUGCGUGGGGGAACCACCGGCUCUGUGGAGGUAGAUUAAUUCCAAAAGCCUACUCAGAGGGCAGCCUUGAAACCACUGGGCACAUGAUGUGGGAGGUGCAUGGAAUCGGUAGAUGUGCACGCAGCACCGGUACAGUGCUCUCUGUGAAACGGAAGUCGGUCACGGCGUCGAGCGUUGAGGGGAGCAGUCGGUUUUUGUGUUGCACGGAGAUGUCGGACCCCCCGCACCGUCGGCAGACGAUGCGUUGUGUCUGGCAGGUGCGCUUGCGAACCAGCGAACGUGCGGACAUUUGUGAGAUUUGGUUGUUGAGAAAUCACCUGAUUACAGCAAGGCAAGUAUCAGUAGCGGGUGGUCAGCGGUUGAAGUGAGCGGUGCCGUCGUCGACCCCUGGGCGGUUGGAUUUCGUCGGUGAAGACUCGGUAGGAAGGGGAAGAAGGAGCUGGUUGGAGCAAAUGGAUCCGCUCCAGCCGUUGUGCUGCAUGGAAACGAC